AUGUCUACAGUCACAGCAACGGCGCUGCAAAGCGCAUACCCGCCCACAAUACCGCUCGCCUUCAAUUCGAAUCAGCCGAAGACGAUCAGGCUGUACCCGCUGUCCAACUACACAUUUGGCGUGAAAGAGACACAGCCGGAGGAGGACCCGUCGGUGAUCGCGCGACUGAAGCGGUUGGAGGAGCACUACAGCGCGCACGGGAUGCGGCGGACGUGCGAGGGCAUCCUGGUGUGCCACGAGCACAACCACCCGCACAUCCUAAUGCUGCAGAUCGCCAACGCCUUCUUCAAGCUGCCGGGCGACUACCUGCGGCCCGAGGACGACGAGAGCGAGGGCUUCAAGGCGCGCCUGGACGAGCGACUCGCGCCCGUCGGCCGCCUCGGCGAGGGCGAGGAGGCCGGCAGCUGGGAGAUCGGUGACUGCCUCGCCCAGUGGUGGAGGCCCAACUUCGAGACCUUCAUGUACCCCUUCAUCCCCGCGCACGUCACCCGCCCCAAGGAGUGCAAGAAGCUGUACUUCAUCCAGCUACCCGAGAGCAAGAUCCUCAGCGUGCCAAAGAAUAUGAAACUGCUAGCCGUGCCCCUCUUCGAGCUCUACGACAACACGGCGCGAUACGGACCCCAGCUCUCUGCCAUACCACAUCUGCUCAGCCGGUACAACUUCGAGUUCGUGAACGAGAACGGCGAACCCGUGGCUGCGACGCCAGGCUACGGGCCGGAAGGGUUCGUACCGAAAACGAAGGUCCUGUCGGGAGGUGACGAGGACAUGAAAGAUGCGAAGGAGGAGAAUGGCACCAGCUGA